AUGGACAAUGGGAGCAGUGUGAGCAGUGUGGGCAGUGUGAGUGACGGCAGAGCUAGCCCCAGCAUCAAGAGUGGAAAUGGCAGUUCGAGUGAUGAUGAUGCCAGCUGGGAUACAAACAGUUGGAUUUCUAAAUCCGACAUCAAGGUCAAUACCACCAAAACUGUGCCAGUUCUGCCAAGGAAAGAAACUCAGUCCUCUUUCAAAAAGCCACCACCUCUACCAAGAAACAACAAGACCGAAGACAAGCGCAAGUUCUCCCAGUUCUUGAACGAAGUCACCGGCAGGGUCCUGAAAACCAACGAGACCUCGCCACAACCCAUGGCUAUCUUUCGUCACCGCUACCCCUCCCCACCGCCUCCUCCUCCCUCAACUCCAUGUCAACAGUCUCCUACACCAGGGACAAAUGGAAUGCCCCAAAUGUCUUGUAGAUCCACAUCCCUGCCCCGACCUGCAAAUGUAACCGGAGCGGAUGGGGAGCUGCAGCUUGGAGCCAGGUGA